CAGAACGAGCAGUAACCGAGUAGCUGCACGCGGCCUCUACCUUUGGACCCAUCUACCUGCGCGCAUUGUACUGCGGUUGCUGGGUCUGCACAAAGAUCUGCGCCGGGUAGCUCUUAGCUAUUGGUGUUCAGGGCAUGCUGAUGCUGCUGUUGCCGAUGGCGACGAUGACGACGAUGAUGAUGAUAACCAUGCUUAUCGAUUUCAUUUUGCCACAUGCGUAUUCUGAAAAGAAAGGACUUGAUGAGAUACAUUUGAUGACCAAGCGGGCUGAACCUGACGGCAGUAGGAGUAGACGGGAGCAGAUUCUACGGAUUUGCCUGCGUAACCGCAGUAAAGGAGUACAUGUGUGUCAAUUGGCAGCGCGCAGUGCAGACAUGCAACUUCUUUGCGCGAUCAGGAAGAAAAUACAUGACACCAUGCAAGCAGACGACAUGGUACGUAUCGAACCACAUGCAGUUGUGGACCAUGUAAAAAGCAUUGAAGACGUAGCAGCAACAUCAAAAUCAAAUAAUCCAUGAAAAGAUUCUGGCUCGUCCUAGUUAACGAUUUCUGUGGUCUUUUUUUUCAUCCAUAUCAUUAAGGCGCCUUCUCCCGUCUCCCUGACUCUGUUAGUGCACUGCGGUUUCCUUCCACCCAAU